AGGAGUAGAAAGAGUGUCAUUACUACUCGAUCAGUGUGUUAAAUAAAAAAUUUAAAAAAACAAAAAAACAAUAUACAUUAUUAUCAUCAAACUACUUACGUUUAUAUUUAUCUCAAUUAAAAAACAACAAAAAUUAAAUUUCGAUUACUAUACCUAUUUCGAAAUUUUAAAACACACAAUUAUUUCGAAAUUUUAUUUUCAUUUUUUUUUUUCUAUAUACAAACAAGUGUUUUAAUCAUCAAUCAAUCAAUCAAUUUUUUUUUUUUUUAAUUUAAGCUGUUUAUAAAUUAUUUCAUAAAUUAAAAAAAAAAAAAAAAAAAAUUACAAGUGCGCGUAUCAUUUAUUCGCGUCUGCGCUUUUAAUCCAACGAAAUUUUUUAAUUUUUUUUUUUUCUUUUCGUGACACGUGUGUGUGUGUGUUUAAACAUACAUGUAAAAUUAUAAAUUUUUCAAGUUUAAUACUUAAUACAUUCGAAGCUUGAUUAAAAGUUGAAUAAAAAAAAAAAAAGCAUAAUUAAAAAUAAAUUAAUAAAAAAAAAUCAAGUUAAAUAUAUUAAAAAGUCAUAACACGAACUUUGUACAUCAUAAUCAUUUUUCGAUCGAAAAACAAAUUCAUUUUUUCUUUAGCUUUUUAGCUUAUAAUUAAUAUAAAUAAAAUUAUGUUUUAUUCUGAUUCGGGACCAUAGCUUAAUAAACUUGUUCAUUAACAAUACACCACAUAUAUUAUUAUAAAAAAACAAAAAGUUAUAAUAAUUAUUAAUUUAUUAAUCUGUGACUAGCUAUUCCAUAUUGACAUUUGUGUGUCGUAAAAUUAUCAUCAAAAUAAUUUUCAUAAUAUAAACCAAUUUAUUAAUAAAUCAACAAUAAAAUAGUUUUUUGUUGUUUUAAAAAUGAGUGAUAUUAAAAGUUCUGGUAUGCAUUACACACCACCAACAUCAGAUACCAUUCAAACAAAACCAUUUCCAGUUAGAGGUGAACGCUCAAACUCAGUAAACAAACCUCAUGUUAUUGCUAUGGUUGGUUUACCAGCACGUGGAAAAACUUACAUAUCUAAAAAAUUAUGUAGAUAUUUAAAUUGGAUUGGUAUUAAUACAAAAGUAUUUAAUCUUGGUGAAUAUAGAAGACAUGCAACAACAGCAUAUAAAUGCCAUGAUUUUUUUCGUCCUGAUAAUAUUAAAGCAAUGGCUAUUAGAACACAAUGUGCUGUUGAUGCAUUAAAUGAUGUAUGUCAAUGGCUUGAAAGUGGUGAUGGUGAAGUUGCUGUAUUUGAUGCAACAAAUUCAACAAUUGAACGUCGACAAAUGAUACAUGAUAUUGUUGUUAAAAAAAUGGGUUUUAAAUUAUUUUUUGUUGAAUCAGUAUGUGAUGAUCCAGAAAUUGUUGAACAAAAUAUUAUGGAGGUUAAAGUAUCAAGUCCAGACUAUGCAACAAUGAAUAAAGAAGAAGUAUUAGCUGAUUUUAUGUUACGUAUUGAGCAUUAUCAAGAAAAAUAUCAACCACUUGAUGAACGUAAAGAAUCAAUGUUGUCAUUUAUGAAAAUAUAUAAUACUGGUGAAAAAGUACUUGUAUUUAAACAUGAAGGACAUAUACAAAGUAGAAUUGUUUAUUAUUUAAUGAAUAUUCAUAUUGUACCAAGAACAAUAUAUUUAACAAGACAUGGUGAAAGUCAUAUGAAUCUUGAUGGUAGAAUUGGUGGUGAUUCUGAUUUAAGUGAACGUGGUAAAUCAUAUGGUAAAGCAUUAUCUGAAUUUAUUGAAGAACAAGAUAUUCAAGGUUUACGUGUAUGGACUAGUUGGCUUAAAAGAACAAUACAAACAGCUGCUGAUGUUAAUGCACCACAAGAAAGGUGGAAGGCAUUAAAUGAAAUUGAUGCUGGAAUUUGUGAAGAAAUGACGUAUCAAGAAAUAUCAAAUAAAUAUCCAACUGAUUUUGCAGCAAGAGAUCAAAAUAAAUUUUCAUAUCGUUAUCCAAGAGGUGAAAGUUAUGAAGAUUUAGUUGCACGUCUUGAGCCAGUUAUUAUGGAACUUGAGCGACAAGGAAAUGUACUUGUUGUAACACAUCAAGCUGUUUUAAGAUGUCUUUUAGCUUAUUUUCUUGAUAAAAGUGCUGAUGAAUUACCAUAUUUACAAGUACCACUUCAUACAAUUAUUAAAUUAACACCAGUUGCAUAUGGUUGUAAAAUGGAAAGAAUUCGUUUACCAAUUGAUGCUGUGGAUACACAUCGACCAAAACCAAAGAUACCUGGAUAUUUGGAUCAACGAUUCAGAAGCAAAGAGAACAAUCUUCACACAUGAUAGUUAUACUUUAAUUAAAUUUUUUUCAUUAAAUAUUUUCGUAAUUAUUUUUUUUAUUAUUUUAUUUUCUGCUUAAUGCUGUCAUCAUUGUCUUGAUUUUAUUUUCCAUCGAUGGAUAUAAUUUAUCAAUAAAAUCUACAAUAAAAAUUAGCAGUAAAAAUUUUUUUUUCUUUUUUUUUUUUUUUGGGACAGCUGGCUGUCGUUUUUUGAACUUUUUUUUUUUUUUUGAUAUUCUUUGCAUUAGUGCCAAUAUACUAUUAUUUUUUAUUGAAAAAAAAAAAAUUAUUUUUCAUCAUUAUUUCAAGAUAAAAUAUAGAUAAAUAAUAUGACCGAAUAAUAAACAUUUUUAUUCAAAUAAUUAAAAAAAAUUUAGAUGAUGAAUGAAAAUAAGUAAAUAAUGUGAUAAAAGUGUUCAAGAACGGUUGUUGUUAAAUCAUCUACACUCGAAAUUAAUAAUAUUUUUUUUUUUUUUAAUUAUAUCAAUUAAAUACUUUACUUGUUUGAAUAAUCAUUCUCAUCUUUAUAAAUAUACUUGAGUAAUAAUUAUCCAUAGUGCAAAACAAAAAUAAAAAAAACUUUUUAAAUUACCAAUUCUCGAAAAAGAAAAAUACUAAAAAUACACUUGAUAAAUAUGAAAAUAAUAAUAUUUAAUUAAUUAAUUAUCAAAAUACUUCCAUAAUAAUUAUGUAAAAUUUUGAAUUUAGAUUAAAUUUAUUCAAAUAUACAUGUGUUUUUGAUAAUAAAAAAUUAUCUAUAUGUAUAUUUAUUUAAUAAAUUUAUUAACAAUAUAUAUUACCACAAUUAUUAUUUAUUUUCAAUUGGAAAAUUUUAUUAAAUAUGCACCAUUAAAGCCGAAUAACACUAAUGAAUUUUCUUGAAAGUAAAAUUGUUUAAAAAAUUUUUGAAAUAAUCGAAUACGUGUUUUAUGAUAAACAAAUUAUUUUUUUUUAAUAUGAAAAUUAAACAUCUGAUGUAACUUUGAUAUUAAAUGUAAUUUGGUUUUUACUUUGUGACAAUAAAUAAAAAUUAAAUCAA